AUGCUGUUCCCUCGCGCUGCCAACGACGAUGGAGAUGGAUUGGACUUCGUCUUCUACUACUAUCACCCUUCAAUGGCGGCUGCCGUCAUCUUCAUCAUCCUCUUCGGAGCCACCACAGCAACGCAUUUCUGGCAGCUAUUGCGUUCGCGGACCUGGUUCAUGAUUCCAUUCCUCAUCGGUGGCAUCUUCGAAACCGUCGGAUACGUCGGACGUGCACUCUCUGCAGGAGAGAAUCCCGGCCCCUACACGAAGAUCCCGUACAUCAUCCAGUCGGUCUUGCUCCUCCUCGCCCCAGCUCUGUUCGCCGCUUCCGUGUACAUGCACCUGGGCCGAGUUGUGAUGAUGUCGGAGGGAGACCACGCACUUUUCAUCCGCCGGACAUGGAUGACUAAGAUCUUCGUGGGCGGCGAUGUGCUUUCGUUCCUGAUGCAAUGCUCCGGAGCCGGCUUCCUCGUCAGUGAUGACAGCGACCAGAUCUCCAUGGGGAAGAAUCUAGUGUUGGGCGGCCUGGGACUUCAGCUGCUAUUCUUCGGCUUCUUCGUGGUCACGGCAGCGAUCUUCCAGGCGAGGCUUGCUCGUGCCCCGAACACUGCGAGCAAGAAUGUGCCGUGGCGGAAGCACUUGAUGAGUCUGUAUGCGGUCAGCAUCCUCAUCUUGAUUCGGUCGAUCGUGCGCAUCGUCGAGUAUCAGCAGGGGUACGACGGCUACACCAUGACGCACGAGGUCUUCAUUUACCUCUUCGACGCGCUGUUAAUGUUCGCCGCCAUGGCCAUCAUGAACUGGAUCCACCCGAGCGAGGUGAAGAAGAUAAUCAGAGGGUCCAGGCGGGGAGUGACAGGAACUGAGGCUGGAGAGAGCGUCGGAAUGGAUGCUAGGGCUGGGAUGUGGAAGUGA